GCAGCCUGCACACGACUCACUGCACUGGCUCUGUUUACUGGGAGCCUGUUCCUCCGUUUCGAGCCAUUCUCCGAAUGCUGUGAGCAGGAUCUUCUCCAAAAGCAAGCAGCUUGAAACUUAGCAGACAGUCUGAAGGCCACACUGUCAUUCGGGGAUAGCCAGAGUGGAUUGACAUCAGCGGUGAAGAGGUCUUUCCUCCAUCCCCCCUCCCCAUCCCAUUUUCCUGCCAUUUCAGACUAGAGCUGAACACAGCUCUCUGAUUUUGCCUUUUUUUUCUUCUCUCUCCCCUCACGUUGCCGUGUGCUCUGCCUUUUCAGUGUGUUUUGACUUAAGCGGAAGAGGGGAGAAAACUCAUCUGUAAACAGGACUGUUGAUGAGUUUGGACUGAGUAGCAGCUCGCCAUGGAGCAGUUUGUCCGGUCUACGGGAAUGUGUGGACUCAAAGAAAGACCUGCUGUCUGAUAAAGCACUAUCUGUCCCAGAUAAGUGGAGCAUGCAUCAGAACUGCAGAGCUUCUCUUUAUGCUGCCUGCUGUGCGCUGAGCUGCAGAGGAGUUCUCAUUACAAGCCUGCCUGCUUUCUGCUUUACUUCCAUUGUAUGAUUGAUUUUUCCAUCGCCGUCAAAAUAUUUCCCGUGACCGUUUUCUCAAGAAAGGUAAGAAGAUCAAUGAUGAAGAUCUUUGAGACCUGCAAGUUUGGACUUUUUUAACUACAGUCAACAUUACCAGGCAUGCAAAGACCAUCCAAGCAAAGCACAAUGGCAAGCUGUGUGUGGAAACUACCAACCUUCUGCUGGCUGUUGUUCGUAAUAGCUCAUUUACAGUGUUCUGAUGGGUUUAGCCGUGCAGCGCUGCCGUUUGGCUUGGUAAGGAGAGAGCUGUCUUGUGAUGGCUACCCAAUCGACCUACGCUGUCCGGGAAGUGAUGUCAUCAUGAUCGAGAGCGCCAACUACGGCCGGACAGAUGACAAGAUCUGCGAUGCUGACCCCUUCCAGAUGGAAAACAUUAACUGCUACCUCCCUGAUGCCUACAAAAUUAUGUCACAAAGGUGCAACAAUCGAACGCAGUGUGUUGUGAUCACUGGGUCAGAUGUCUUCCCUGACCCCUGUCCAGGGACUUACAAAUACCUAGAGGUCCAGUAUGAGUGUGUUCCCUACAAAGUGGAGCAAAAAGUUUUUGUUUGUCCUGGAACACUGAAAGCAGUCGGAGAUUCUUCCUUUCUCUUCGAGGCGGAGCAGCAAGCAGGGGCAUGGUGCAAAGACCCCCUUCAAGCAGGCGACAAAAUAUAUUUCAUGCCCUGGACUCCUUACCGCACUGAUACACUCAUUGAGUAUGCUUCACUUGAAGAUUUCCAAAAUGCCCGACAAACCACAACAUAUAAGCUUCCUCACCGGGUGGACGGCACUGGAUUUGUGGUGUAUGAUGGAGCAGUGUUUUUUAACAAGGAGCGGACCCGAAACAUAGUCAAGUUUGACCUGAGGACCAGGAUCAAAAGUGGCGAGGCCAUCAUCAACAAUGCCAACUAUCAUGACACCUCACCUUACAAGUGGGGUGGAAAAACUGAUAUUGACUUGGCUGUGGACGAGAACGGCCUGUGGGUGAUUUAUGCCACUGAGCAAAACAAUGGGAUGAUGGUUAUCAGCCAGCUGAACCCUUACACCCUCCGUUUCGAGGCGACCUGGGAGACGAUGUAUGACAAGCGCUCUGCGUCCAAUGCCUUCAUGAUCUGCGGAGUGCUCUAUGUAGUGAGGUCCACAUAUGAGGACAAUGAGAGUGAAGUCAGCAAAAGCCUGAUCGAUUACAUUUACAACACCAAACAGAACAGAGGUGAAUUUGUGGAUAUUCACUUUCCUAACCAGUACCAGUAUAUCGCAGCUGUGGAUUACAACCCCAGAGAUAACCAGUUAUAUGUGUGGAAUAAUUUUUACAUAUUGAGGUAUAAUCUGGAGUUUGGACCACCUGAUCCCGCCCAAGUGCCAACUUUAUCAGGAGCAACUAUUACCCCUGAGCUCCCCAAAACAACUGCCACCACCACAACCACUACUUCACAGAAAGGCUUGGUGAACACUACAACCACGGUUGGCCCAAGGGAAGGAAACAAAGGGCCAAGACCACCACCGGAAGUUCUGGAAACCACUGCCCCACCAUCUCCAGACUCUUUCCCUUUACCGGAGCGGUUCUGUGAGGGUACGGAGAAAAGGGACAUAUCAUGGCCUCAGACACAGAGAGGAAUGCUGGUGGAGAGGCCAUGCCCCAAGGGAACCAGGGGCACGGCCUCCUAUCUGUGUGUGCUUUCCACUGGGGCUUGGCACCCAAAAGGACCUGAUCUCAGCAACUGCACCUCACACUGGGUUAAUCAAGUUGCACAGAAGAUCAGAAGCGGUGAAAAUGCAGCUAACCUUGCAAAUGAGCUGGCCAAGCAUACCAAAGGACCCAUCUUUGCUGGCGAUGUGAGUUCGUCGGUGAGAUUGAUGGAGCAGCUGGUUGAUAUCUUAGACGCUCAGCUGCAGGAGUUGAGGCCCAGUGAGAAGGACUCCGCAGGCCGAAGUUUUAAUAAGCUUCAAAAACGAGAAAGGACAUGCAGGGCAUACAUGAAGGCUAUUGUAGAUACGGUUGACAAUCUUCUGAGACCUGAAGCCUUGAAAUCCUGGCAAGAUAUGAACUCCACGGAGCAAACACAUGCUGCAACAAUGUUACUGGAUACCUUGGAGGAAGGAGCCUUUGUCCUUGCUGACAAUCUAAUGGAACCAGCCAUAGUGAAAGUACCUGCAGAGAAUAUAAUCCUGGAUGUUUACGUGCUCAGCACAGAUGGCCAGGUGCAGGAUUUCAGAUUUCCCCAGACCAGUAAAGGUGGUAUUUCUAUCCAGCUGUCCUCUAAUACAGUCAAGCUCAACAGUCGAAACGGUGUUGCCAAGUUGGUCUUUGUUCUUUACAAAAACCUGGGGCAGUUUCUUAGCACCGAAAAUGCCACAAUUAAAUUUGGCAAUGAAGCUAACGGACGGAACCAUUCUGUAGCAGUAAACUCACACAUCAUUGCGGCCUCGAUCAACAAAGAAUCCAGUCGUGUGUUUAUUACAGAUCCUGUGAUUUUCACCCUGGAGCACAUUGACACUGAACACUACUUCAACUCAAACUGCUCCUUCUGGAAUUAUUCGGAGAGGAGCAUGAUGGGAUACUGGUCCACUCAGGGCUGCAGACGCUUAGAUGCCAAUAAAACUCACACGACCUGUUCUUGUAGCCACCUGACAAACUUUGCUAUUCUCAUGGCACAUCGUGAAGUUGUGGGCAAAGACGGAGUGCACAAGUUGCUCUUAACUGUCAUCACCCGGGUGGGGAUUGUCGUCUCUCUGGUUUGCUUGGCCAUCAGCAUCUUCACCUUCUGCUUUUUCCGGGGCUUGCAGAGUGAUCGCAACACCAUCCACAAGAACUUAUGCAUCAAUCUCUUCAUUGCUGAGUUAAUUUUCCUAAUUGGUAUCGAUAUGACAGAACCCAGGAUUGGUUGCUCAAUCAUUGCUGGAAUAUUGCAUUUUUUCUUCCUGGCUGCAUUUGCUUGGAUGUGUCUGGAAGGUGUGCAGCUUUAUCUCAUGCUAGUGGAAGUUUUUGAGAGUGAAUAUUCCCGCAAAAAGUAUUACUACCUUUCGGGCUACCUUAUUCCUGCUAUAGUCGUGGGUGUCUCUGCAGCAAUUGACUACCGGAGCUAUGGGACAAAGAAAGCGUGUUGGCUAAGAGUGGACAACCAUUUCAUAUGGAGCUUCAUAGGCCCGGUUACCUUCAUCAUAAUGCUAAAUCUCAUCUUCCUGGUUAUUACCAUGUACAAAAUGGUGAAGCACUCCACUUCAUUAAAACCUGACUCCAGCAGGUUGGAGAAUAUCAAUAAUUACCGUGUUUGUGAUGGCUACUAUAAUACCGAUUUGCCUGGCUAUGAAGAUAAUAAGCCAUUUAUCAAAUCCUGGGCCCUUGGUGCUUUUGCAUUACUUUGCCUGCUGGGGUUGACGUGGUCAUUUGGUUUAUUUUUCAUCAAUGAGUCCUCAGUGGUGAUGGCUUAUCUCUUCACAAUAUUCAACACAUUUCAAGGGAUGUUCAUCUUCAUAUUCCACUGUUUACUGCAGAAAAAAGUCCGUAAAGAGUACAGUAAAUGUUUCCGCCAUACCUACUGUUGUGGUGGUUUGCCAACGGAGAGUUCCCACAGUUCAGCAAAGACUGCUACAACCAGGACUAGCGCACGCUACUCCUCUGGCACACAGAGCCGUAUCAGGAGAAUGUGGAAUGACACUGUAAGAAAGCAAUCUGAGUCCUCCUUUAUCUCAGGUGACAUCAACAGCACCUCAACCCUCAACCAAGGGAUGACGGGCAAUUAUCUACUAACAAACCCGCUUCUUCGACCGCAAGGCACUAACAACCCUUAUAACACCUUACUUGCUGAAACGGUCGUAUGUAACACCCCCUCGGCUCCAGUGUUUAACUCUCCAGUGACCUACAGAGAGACAAGACACUCACUGAACAAUGCCAGGGAUACAAAUGCAAUGGAUACUCUACCGCUAAAUGGUAAUUUUAAUAAUAGCUACUCACUUCGGAAUGGGGACUAUGGCGACAGUGUGCAGGUAGUGGACUGUGGACUCAGCCUAGACGAUGCAGCCUUUGAGAAAAUGAUCAUCUCCGAACUGGUGCACAACAACCUCAGGGCCUGCAGCAAAAACCACAACAUGGAGAGAAGUACUACCAAAGUGGCCGUGGGCGGGAGCAGUAGCGAAGAUGAUGCCAUUGUGGCUGACGCUUCAUCUUUGGUGCACGGGGACAACCCGGGCCUGGACCUACACCACAAGGAGCUGGAGGCCCCACUCAUCCCCCAACGGACUCACUCGCUUCUGUACCACCCGCAGAAGAAAGUGAAGGCUGAGGGCAUGGACAGUUAUGUCUCUCAGCUCACAGGUGAGGCUGAGGACAACCUCCAGUCACCAAACAGAGACUCCCUGUACACUAGUAUGCCAAACCUAAGAGACUCUCCCUACCCCGAGAGUAGCCCCGAUGUAGAGGAGGACCUUUCACCUUCUAAGAGGAGUGAGAAUGAGGAUGUUUAUUACAAGAGCAUGCCUAACCUUGGAGCUGGAAACCAGCUUCAGGCCUACUACCAGAUUAGCAGAGGCAAUAGCGAUGGAUAUAUUAUUCCUAUUAACAAAGAAGGCUGCAUCCCUGAAGGAGAUGUGAGGGAAGGACAAAUGCAGUUGGUUACGAGCCUUUAAGUGUAUUUAGAUACCCGCCCCCGAACCAAUUCUCCUGGCCAAACUGACUUAAGUGGUAUGGGAAGACUGAAUAGGGCCAGGUAUUCACUUCACUCCACCUCCCAUCCCUGUUUUCACAGAAAGACGGACGGCAGUGCAUUGGAUUUGCACUGCGUUGCCAUUAAGAUCGCUGUGAAGUUUUAAAAUGACUGUGUAAAUACUAUACAGAAAAUAAAGACAAGCCAACUAUGUAUUUAAAUGUGCUGCUGCUGCUGUUGAACAACUGAAAAAAGAGAAAAAAAAGUACUUGCCAUUCCAAUUCAGCAGUUUCUGAGCAGGUUGUACAUACACUUACAUCAUCCUUGUCAAAGCCUGUUUUGUAUUAUAUACAAAAUCGAGCUCCAGAACCAGGACUGGAACUAUGGGACUAUUCUGAGAGGUUCCUGAUGAGACUGUCAGAUCAGGAAUAUAAAGGUCCUGGAAUAUAGAACUGAGUCAUCCCCAUCCUGGUGAAGAUUGGAUCUUAUAACCACUAGCAAUCAAGCCCCAGGCCUUAUAUUUUCUCAAUUGUACAUUGAACUAUUGUCAAGGAUAAUGGUGAAAAAAUAUAUUUUGUUGUAUUGCUAGUGUAAAAUAAAAUUCAUGGCUACCAUAAAUAUAA